ACUCAAUGAGAGCUCGUUCUUAACGUUACCCUUCGGGCUACCAGCCCUGUUAUUGGGGAUAGGGAGGGCCCCCACAAGCUCUUUCGCUGCUCAAGGAUUUUUCAGGGGAGAAACUGACUACUCAGUUCCUACCCGCUUAAUUACACGAAGGCUCCACAUGGGACCGACCUAUUUCUAUUCAAUCAUCAGGCUGGUAUCUUUCGGACAAUGAUAUACGUGGGAAAAAAGCCACUUCUAAUUUUUACGACAAAGGGGAAACCGCGCUGCUUCAUGUGAAUACGUUAGUCGUAACUCAAGUUGUAACUCAGGGCGUGAUACGGGUGCUCUGGUCUUCACUCGAGUCGGGACUCGUAUCGCGACGGGAAGCAGCGUCCGGCGAUCAAAGCUUUGGCGUCCGGUGGAUCUGGACCGUCCAAAUAAUAGAGCGACGCUUUUUGAGGUUCCCGCCGCCAGUUGCAGAGCAGCGUUCCCCCCUCUCGUUCUCCUGCUCGCUAGGGCUUCGCCUGAGCCGAUCUGUGGGUAACGACUCCUCUCAUCCUCGAUUUGGAUCUCUAGGGCUUAGAAGACAGACAAAGGCAGGUAGACAUGGCUUCUCAAACUCCUGCUGUUAUUCAAAAUGAAAAUUUGCCCUUCCAUGGAGGCAAAGGUGUUAACGGUGUAAAAGCUGAUAUUUCCAAGCCUGCGAGGGUGGGGCGUCAAGAUCGAAAGGCUCUGAGGGAUCUUUCAAAAACUGGAAAGCCUGCAUUAUCUUGUGCAUCAAAGGCUCCAACAUUGAAAGAUAAAUCUGGAUUACGUGCACCUGAACCUACCAAGGUUGGUUCAAAGAACAAUUAUCUGACAGAAGAGGAGCUAAAGAGAUGUCAAGAAUGGGCCAAAGAGGGAAUUGAGCAGAUCCAUUUCUCAGGAAAUGACUCACAGAAACUUCAACAGGAGAAGGAUGAAGAACGUGUAAAUAAGAAAGUCAAGAAAGUAUUGGCUGCACUACGCGAUUGGACGGACAUGUCUUACAGUUUUGCAAUCCCAUCCAAAGUACAUCAUCUAGAAGUCGCUAGUGACUCUGAAGAUAUUAUAAAGAUGGAACUGGUGCCCGAGGAACUUCCCCGAAGCAUCACCAGGUUCACCAAUUUAGGUGAAGAAGAAUUUGACGAUCUACUCACCAAUCAGGAUUUCCCAUUUCUUGAUCGCACGUUUGAACUCAAGUUAAAAGAGGACUACGGCAGUGAUAUAUCCAGCUUUUAGGGAUGAGAACCUGCUUUAUAUUAAUCUCAGCGUGCCGAGGAGAAAGUCAAAGAAGUGAGGCACAAAGUUCCUUCACUACCAAGAAAAAUAACAUCUUUCGGCAGCAUGAUUAAUUUGGAGAGUAAUGAUUGCUUGUUGCCUAACAAUCGAGUCAAAAAGAUUUCAUGCAUUUAUUGCUUAUGAUCGCGGGCCAUUGACUAUAAUAAUCAUUUGGCCUUUGUAUCAUUAAUUCAGGGGAACAAAAGCUUCAUCAUGCUUGUUUCUACCAUCUCCAUUAGGGUUCACUUCUCAAUACAUAAUGCUCAAAUAGGCAUCAUUAAAUUCAAAUACUUGGCAGAACGAUUCUGAUGGAGUUCGUAAUCCUUGUUAUUUUGUA